AUGCCAUUGAUUUAUAUAGCAUUUGCUAUCACAGCCUUAGCCUUGGGGUGGAUCUCGAUAUACCGCAAAAGAGACAGUAGUCGACGGAGUACUUCUCUUACUUGGAGCAAACGGGGUAAAGAAGACAUCGGCUCCAGAGAUACAAAAGAGAAAAACUUGAGUAGCCAGCUGGCAACAGCGGAGUGGGAAGAGCGAUUUCGAUUAUACAAGGAGCUGUAUUUCAAGCUACAGCACCUUGAAAAUUAUCCUGACAUCAUCCCCACAUCAAAAUCAGUCCUGCUCUCAUUCCUGUCUGGAGCAAUCCACUCGGCACUAGUCCAGAAUGACACCAUCCUCUCUAUUGAAAACUUUUCGUCCCAUGCUCUUGACGAUAUUGCAAAACGAGAGCUUGAUGAUGUUACUCUGGGAUGGCAACGGUAUCUCGAGAGGAGAAAAGCGGGCAACCCCAGAGAGCUUUUUCGCGGAAGAGAAGAGGCAAAGAGGUGGCUUGUUCGAAUGGCUCCAACUAAAUUUGUUGAUGGUGCGUGGCUCGGUCAUGUCCACAAGAUCAAAACUCCCUUUGCCUACCGAUCCGUCACAAAAGACGCCUGGCAAGUUCUAUCAGAGGAGCUUGGUGAUGGUGAUUUGGACAAAAACCAUGUCCAGGUGUAUAAAGAAUUGUUGCGAAAGGUAGGGGUGCAUUUACCGGCAGGAAAUUCAAUCGAGUUCACGCAACAUCCAGGCAUGGACAAUAUCCAAGUAUGGCAAUCGGCGGUUAUCCAGCUGCUCAUCUCUCUCUUUCCCCAGGAAUUCUUGCCAGAAAUACUAGGGUUCAGUAUGCACUUCGAGAUGUUAACUUUCGAAACAAUCGUGGCCGCUAAGGAGCUUCGGGAGCUGAAUAUCGAUCCGUAUUAUUUUACGCUUCAUAUCACAAUCGAUAAUGCGGACACUGGACAUGCAAGGAUGGCAAAAGAGGCAGUGACAAAAUAUUUGGAGCUGAUAAAGGUUUUAGAAGGCUCAAAGGAAGCGCAUAAAACAUGGAAACGCGUUCAAGCUGGAUACCUCCUCUCAAAAUGCCUUCCGUUGGAUUUGGACGUUCUAGGAGGAGCGCCGGCCUCCUUUUGCCUUUCAACACAAUACGAGACAGAAGUCCUCAGAAUAUUCGAGUCGAAGGCGGCUGUAUCAAAUAGAAUACAUGACAACUGUCGUGCAAGCUUCGGUGGUAGAAAACUUGGGGCCUGGUUGGAGCCAGAAUCCUUUAAACAGAAGAAUUGGCAACUAGAUUUUUUGUACUGGCUCAGCAACACAAAGCCUUGGGUGUAUAAGGGCGACAGUGCUCGAAGCCGUUUUGUCCAACUAAUAUCAUGGGGCGGGCCGAUGUUUGGUGCUUUCACUCAUGGUGAAGUGGACACUAUCCGGGCCUGGAUUAACAGCCUUACAUCUAAAAAUUCAAAUAUAUACCGGCAAUAUACCGAGAGAACAGAGGGAUCACUGGAUGAAUAUCGGAAACCAGACUUCAACGUUGGCUAUCCGGUGUUCCUCCCCGAUGCGCAAGGUGAUACGAGGCCAGACCAUCAGCCAAAGGGUAUAUCCGCAACAAAUUUCCCCGGGGCUCUCCAGCUGGAUAUCCGCUCAAGUCCGAAUUUGCCUAAGCUCCUCCCACUAUGGUUUUCCCACCCCUGUAUUCUAGAGUCCUUCAUAUCUGUCCCAUGGCAAACGGCAAGCAAGACAGGUUGCGCUGCUGUUAGAUUCCUCCGUGCUCAAUACGGAUAUGGCCCAGAGACGCCAGAUGUAGCUGGCGUGGAUGAGAUGCGAAGGAGACACAGUAUUGAUCUGAUUGAUAUUGGCAUGGAGAUGUUGGAAAGUACGGGAUGCCCCUCGCCGAAGUGUUUGACAGACGUGCUGGAUCAAUGGCCAUCACCAUUCGCAGAAACGCUAUUAGCUCUGUCUGUGCGGCCGCAAAAGUACCGCUGGUUUUUGCUAGGACUUGCACAAGCAUUUGUGCAGCUUCAUGCUGCUCUAGCAUCCUCGUCUGUCCCGCUGUCGCCUCGAAGCCGAAACGCCCUUCGUCAUAUCAUCGAUCGGGAAAAUAAAAACAUCGCCAUUCUGGUCACGAACGACGGGGUUAAUGAAGUAGACCUUUCAGAUCUUCACCGGGGGUAUAUAUUGGCAAGAGAGGAAAUCCAGCUAGCCUUCAGUGGUAGCUAG